AUGUCAUCGUCAACAUGGCGUGUCAUCCAGGAGACGGUGAAGCAGAAGUGGGGCCUCUCGCUGGAACGAAACUUCAGGGCGACCUCAAACUCCCGUAACGAGGCUAUGUUUCGGGAGGCGUCCAUGUUCGCGGCACACCUGAGGCAGGUGGAGAAAGACCUGACCUCGUGGGAGCGCGACAUCGAAGACUUCAGGACGAUCAUGCUGUCGCCGCUGCCGCGUGUGUACGAGGAGGGCCACAACGGGCAGGCUGUGCCCAGCGAGCCGGAGCCAUCCAUGAUCGGCGGCGACGUGCAGGUGGAGCGCCUCACGUCCGCGGCCGCUGAGAGCAAGAAGCGGCUGGAUAUUGAGGUGCUGCAGCCCAUCAAGCAGUGGAUGGUGGCUUACAGGACCAUCCAGGAGCGCAUGCGGCGCCUGGAGGCUCUGCGCCUGGAGCUGGACUCGCGGCGCCGCACAGUCCUGGAGCUGCAGGGCCGCUGCGAGCGCAUGCGCGCCAUGCUGGGCGUGACGCGGGCGAGGGGGGAGAUGGAGCUUGAGCUGACGCUGAGGAGGAUGCAGCACAAAGAGGACAAGAUGCAGCGCACGAUGUCUCAGUACCAGGAGAUGGAGCAGACCGUGUACAACAGCCUGUUCACGCUCAUCAAGGACACCAGCGUGCUCAGGGACUACGCCGCAGCCGCCAUCCUCAUCGUCAACGAGGGGCUUCAGGCGGGCUACGCCGCCUUUGAGCCGUCGAUGGCCCAAUACUCCACGUCCGCCCUGCCAGGCGCAGGCUACGCCCAGGUCGCCGCGCCGCCGCAGAUGCAGCAGGGGAUGAGCGGGCUGCCCGAGGGCCACGGCUACGAGCCGCGGGCGUCCGCCAAGUUUGGGGACCAGGGUGCCGGCAAGGGCAAGGCUGCUGUCGGCAGCGCGGCGGCCAAGGCCAAGGCCGCCGCGAGCAUGGCCGGCCCCUCUGGCGCGGACAAGGGCUACGACCAGGCCGGCGCCUACGACUACGCGCCCGACGCGGCCGCUGGCGGCGACGUCGGCGCGGGCGGCGGCGCGGGCGCGUACGGCGGCAGCCGCUACUGGGCGUCGACCGCGGCGGCGUACUGA